UUUUAGUUUCUUUUGUCAGUGUUUCCUGGAUGUUUUGAUGUUAGAAAGCAGUUCCGUGGUAGUUGUUAGAGAUGAGGUGUGGCUUUGGACUUCUGAGAGAUAAUUUAACUUGGUGUAUGGAAAUCGUCAAUUGAUUGUAUUCGGAAGUUGAAGUUAGAAGUCACGCUAACUUUUUUUUUUUUAUCUCUUGAUCAAAACGGGAAGCGGUGAACAUCUGCUUAGCUUCAGAGCUAAAGCUAAUAACGUUGCUAGUAUGGCGGCGUUGUUCUCCUGGAGGCAUAUUGUGGUUUAGAAACAGUGGAAUGAAGGGCGUUACACGUGUAAAGCCUUUAGCAGUGAUGUGAAAGGGAGAGAGGGACGGGACGUGUCUUUCUGACUCUGUUGCUAUGGAUCAUGUUUACACCCUGCUCAUGAUGCUCACUGUUUCCUGCUCAGUGUUGUGUGGAGACAUCCCUGCACCGGUGAACCUCAGGAUGGAGUCCCAGCACUUCAUUUAUCUGCUGAUGUGGCAAGACGGGCCAGGGUCUCCUGCAGGACUGCAUUACAGAGUCGACUUCCGCACCAUCGCUGAGGACUGGAUGGUGGUGCACAGUUGUGUGGAAGUGCGUUCCCCAUUGCGCUGUAACCUCACAGACGUUUUCUCUGAUCUGCAUAAGACCUACUACGUCAAUGUUACAGCCGUCUUGGGGAACAAGACAUCCACACCAACUACCUACUUUCCGAUUAAUCCAGAAAGUGACACGAUCCCAGAGCCUCCGUCACUGCGGGUUUCACCAUGUAAUGAUUCCCUCUGUGUGUAUCUUCAGUCUCCGUCUAAGAGACUUGACACAAUUUAUAAGAAGUUCCACUAUACACUGAAAGUGACCAACGAAAAAGGAGAUCAGUUCUUGAAGGACACCCAAGGGUUGGACACUGUAUAUCUAAAUGUGGUGCCGGGACUAGAGUACUGUGUGUCUGUUAACAAGAUCGGUAAACAUUCCAUGGAUGCAGUCCUCGUGUGUGCUUCUAAACCUGCAGCAGUGAGCAACACAGAUGCAGUGAUCUCAGUGGUUCUCAGUCUGCUGGGGCUGGUGCUUGGGCUGAUUUUUGUUCUGCUGUUUUUUAAAAGGCUCAUAAGCUUGAAAACCCAUCAGCCAUUAGUUCUGAGUUCCUUUAAUGCCCCGUAUAAAAUGCAGCUGCUUCUUUUGCCCACUGUGGAGUCUAUAAAUUGCAUUUCCCUGGAGCCUAAUGCAUAUGAUGAGCUGAUCAAUGAUGAGGUGGACCAAGAGAAAGAGGAUGAAAAGGUGGUAUAUGAGGGACUAGGGGGUUGUGAAGAAGUUGUGUGUUGUGAAGAAAUCUCAGAAGAUGCAAGGUCUUCUCUUCCAGUUUCCCCAGAGAUUCAUCAUGAGCAAACCAACAAUUCAGUCAUUGAAACAUACACACAUUUCCCUGGAACCUUUUUGAAACAGCAGGUGUUAACAACAACUCCUCAAAGUACCAGUCAGAGCCUCAGAACACACCUCUUAUCCCCAAAAACACCAGUCCAAGAGAUCAGAAAGAACAAUUUGGCCUCGCACUGGCCUAAGAGAGGAGAUGAACUUGGACAGCAGGAGGAGGGCAGUGACAAUGUGAAUUUCUUCUCCUUGACUCUGGGAAGGCACCAUUCAGAAGAACAAGAAGAGACUGAGAAAGAAGAGCAGGUGGGGAAUGUGAAAAAAGUGAAAACUGAGGUGCCUUUAUUUGUGUUGGAGUCACCAAAAGCUGCCAUGGACAUUCAGCCCACGUAUUCUGAGAACACAAACACACACAUUUCAUACUCUGAGGAGGAUACGGAGGAAGAGGAAGCUUUUUCUGGAUAUAUGAUGCGGCGUUAGAAGCCGGGUUUCCUAUAAAACUGAAUUUUUCUUUUUUUUUUCCAUCCAUUAUGCAAAUGAGCAGCACAGCCUUGUGCCUCAUUUUUUAAUUAUUAUUUUUAAUAUAAACACAAUAUGCUGUACCACUUUUAUCUCAGUGAUGUGGAGGGUUUUUUUUUUAUUUUAUAUUUUUUUUUAUAUUACAAAUUUGCCAAAAGCCACAAUGUAUUCCAGACAACUAGUUACUAGAAUCUUAUCAAAGGAUGAGAUGUUGCUGCUUGAUGUAAACAUCCUUUGAACCAUGAGUAUUAAGAGUACAUACAGUAUAUGCACUUAAUUGGAGACCAAACGUUAUUGUUGAUUAAUUCAUUCAUCUUCAGUAAGUGCCUUAUCCUGGUUGUGGUCAUGGUGGAUUUGGAGCUGAUCUUGGGAAUCCUGGUGUGAGGUAGGAAUGCACAAUUCACAACACCUAGAGUUUCUGUAAUGUAAUGGACAUGGUUUUUCUGAGAAUGCAGAAGAAACUGAAGCAGACACUAGAACAGAAUAACAAACUCCACACAGACCAUACACCAAGCUCAGGAUCAAACUGUGGACCCUGGAGUUACUUGAUACUAAUACAGUAUCAAGUAACUCCAGAAUGCUGCAGAAUGCCGUUAUUUUUAAAAUGAAAUGUUGCCAUUUAAAAAAUAAAAUAAAAUUGACAGUGUUCCUCAUUUCAAUGACAAUAACACAUUUAAAUUACAAAGAGAUUUUGACUUUGAAACAAUGACAUGAUGCUGCCUUUACCAUUAAUUGUAUCAGUUCAAAACGGACACAAUUUAUCACCCCUAAUUAAACUGUGAAAGUCCUUUGCUGUUUGAUAUACAGUGGAUUCAGAAAGUAUUCAGCCACUUUUGGUUUUUGCAAACUUUAUUGUAUUACAGAUUUAAUUUAAAAUGAAUUGAGUUUGCCUUUUUGGCAAUCAAUCUACACACUGUAACAAAUAAAAAGGUACAAACAUGAUUUUAGUAGUUUUUGCAAAUGUAUUAAAAAUCAACAGCUGAAAUUGCUUGAUCAAAAAUAACAGAACUCAGAGUUCCACCUUCCCACUUCCAAGUGAAGUCAAAUGCAGCAUAAAUGUAUACUUAGACACUUCAGCCUCUGGGAGGCUUUAAUGUGUUUAAAUACUUCAUUGGUCCAUAAAAUACAUCUCAGAUCAUCGACGUUGCAUGAACUGGUCACUAAAGUCUUUCAUAUUUACUGCAUGAAAUGGUAUUUUUUGCUGCAUUUAUUCCAGUCCUGUAAUACGUGUAAGGUCUUUUUGUGAGGUAGGAAUACAUUUUUAAUACA